GUGUUUAUAUUCUGUAUAAAAUCUAAAGUGGUUGUGGUGUUUUCCUGGACUAUUAAAGUGUACAUGUUUUGACAGACAUUGCCUUUCAUGAUUUGAUACUCGGAAGUGAAUAAUCUAGGAUAAUAUUUGUGUGAUCUGAGGAGUUCCCACAACUUCCACUGCCAACCAAGGUGACCAUCCACUCCCAUCGUCGACCAAGGUGGACACCCCUUUAUUUCUACUGACCAUCCAAUCCACCCCUACCACAAGCCAAGUGGGUCCAUCAUGAGCUGCAGAAAGAGAAAAACAGACCAGGAGACAGAAAAAAAUACUCUCAGGAAAGAGCUUGACGAGACACAAGAGAAGCUUGGGAAGAGAGAAAAGGAAAUUGAAAAGCUAAAAGAGGAGCUUGAGAAGAGGGAAAAGGAACACUCAAAGGAGCUAGAGGAUAUUAAAAAUGAUCACCCGAAGGAGCUGGAGAAGAUUAAAAAGGAACACUCAAAGAAGCUAGAGGAGAUUGAAGAGCAACACUCAAAGGAGCUAGAGAAGAUUAAAAAGGAACACCCAAAGGAGAUGGAGAAGAUUAAAGAGAUUAAAAAGAAACACUCAAAGGAGCUAGAGGAGAUUAAAAAGGAACACUCAAAUGAGCUAAAGAAGAUUAAAAAGGAACACUCAAAGGAGCUAAAGAAGAUUAAAAAGGAACACUCAAAUGAGCUAGAGGAGAUUAAAAAGGAACAUUCAAAGGAGAUAGAGAAGAUUACAAAGGAGCUAGAGAAGACUAAAGAUGACAAAGAAAGGUUACAAGAUCAGAAUAAAACUCUCAGAAAAAUUUCUAAGGGCAAGGAUGCGGGUGCGAGUGCUUCACCGCAUACAGAUAAAGAAGUGGGCCUCAUGUUCAGUGCUGCAGUUACCCCUUUGGGUGGAGAGGGUAGUCCAACAGACUUUGGCAUUCCUGCUCAAAAAUGUGAGGCUACUGACAUGUCCCAAGGACCAAAACAAGUGGAGACUUGUAAACAAGUGGGGGCAAACAAUAGAUCUGAGACCCCGAGAGAUCCCAUUUCUGUUUUGAAGACUGGAGAAGGUCAUAAUUAUGACUCAAAAAGCCGAAACAGCGUCCAAAGUACUAACAGUAGUACAGUUCAAAAAUAUAAGGAACCUAAAGGCAAGGUUCCCGCUGGCGAUCGCCAUUAUCACAAUGCAGGUCCUAACUCAGGAUCAAGACCUUCAAACAAUUAUGAACAAAAUAAGUUGUACAGUAAAGCUGUUACAGGUCACCAUAGGGCUGCAGAAAAUCUGACUACCGACGACGAAUGGCCAUCAUUAGCUGAGUCCAAGAACUCAGAGCAGAAACAUUUGCCCAACACAAAUGUUCACACCAAGGGCGCCACUGAUUAUCUGUCCACUUCUGGUGCGAAUUGGAAUGGAGCUUCAGCGCGUGGUGACGCAAAUUUAGUACACUCUCGUGGAGAACGUUUAGGUUCAGACCGUGCAGAUACUAUAAAUGUUGGCCUUCGGCAGAACUGUGCAUUUUGUUCCAUGGGCUAUGACCUGGACCCGGCUAAAGCAAAGGAAAUUGAUAACUACCAAAUGCGAUGCAUACUGAUGGACUUCCAACAACAUGUCCAUGGUGCAGAAAUAAAUAAAUAUUUAGCAUCAUACUCAGCACUAACAUCAAACUGGAAGGAUAUUGUUGGUAAGGACCUGGUUAAUGCUUUUCAGAGGUCAGGGAAUAGGGAACCGUAUUCUGAUGAUGCGUCUGGUUUUUUUAGCUUCUGCAAAAACGUCUUUAGUCAUUUACUGGAGAAAAUAGCAAUCUAUUGGAAGGAAGGCAAUAAAAUGUUCAUUGACGAAUUAAACAAGCGCGAUAUUGCCAAUAAUGUAGAUUUUAUGAAAUUCAUAAAAAGCAAGUUUCCAGAUCUGCAAUCUCAUCUCGUGUCUGCGAUUUAUGCGAUCGAACAGAAGAAGAUUAAAAAAUAAAGUCAAAGUAAUAUUUUCCAUUUGUGCUUUCUUUUCCAAAUCUGUACCAUGGCAGUGGGGAACAUCAUUUCGAAUGAUAGCAUUGUUAUUAUUAUCAAUUAUGUAUUGACUAUUGAAUAUUAAUGACCUAAAUUUUCGUGUUUGUAAGUUUCAUUGUUAUUUAUGUUUGAAUUGGAUAGUAAUGAUUGCAAGCGUGUUUGAAAGUGUGCGUUGAUAUUAUAUAAAUAUUGUCAACAUGGGGGAAAUACUGUUAUCCGAGGCGAAGCCGAUGGUAACAGUAUUUACCCAAAUGUUGACAAUUUGUACUGUCACACUGGAAGCCAUGCAAUAUUUAUUUUAUUAUACUGAACACAGUUACAUAUUCAUAUAUAACUAUUUUUUACCAUUACACAAGUUUAAUCAAUUUAUUCUGAAAUUAUUGUUUGUUUACAUUAGCUGUCAUUUUGUUGCAAAUGUCGUUCAGAAAUAAUGCAAACACCGGUUGUAACCAGAUUUACAACACAUUUUAAUAAGCGCUCAGACUUGGGAAACCAAAAAAUGCCUAUUUUUAGACGCGCAUGCUAUGUGACAGUAUCAUGUCAACCGGUCAAAACGGUACUGUCAGUGUGUGACAGUACGAAAUUGCCCAUGAUGGGUAUAUGAGAAAUCAACAUGGGCAGGUCACGUGAGGUAUAAUAUAUCAUUUUAUUCAUUUAUUGUAAUUGGUGGUCAUGUUUUUUUAUGUUUUUCUAUUAAUGAUUCAAAAUCACAUGGCACAAAUCCUGCCAACAUUGAACUCAAGUGUUGAUGAUCGUGCUUCUGACAUAACCAACUCGUUAUUAAAAAUAAUAAUAAUUGAAGAGUAAAAAUUCCAAUUUUUUUUCUUUUUCCAAUUUUGUAACCUAGGUUUUUGAGGAUCAUACAACGCUUCCAAUGAAAGGCAAAGCCUUGUUUUUUUAUAUAUUAUUAUUAAAUGCAGUCUAUUGAUGUGCCAUCCAUGACCUACAUAACAUUCCUGUGUUUGUAUGUUUCAUAGUUUUUAGUUUAUGUUGGAAUGCAAUAGUUCUUACGGCAAGCUUCUUAUAAUGUUAGAAAAGAAUUCAUUGAUUUAUCAGUUCAUUCAUUUUACAUCUUUGACAUUGUAAUUGUUAGUCAUGUUUUUUUCAUGUUUUUUUCAUUAUGUUUCAUUGUUUUUUAUAUAAAAUAUUAUGCAUAUAUAGAGUAACUUUUUAGGUGUGAAAUGUACUGUAACCAGAACUAUUAUGCAACAAGUUUUUCAAGUUAGUCUGAUACAUGUGAUUAUCUUAAAGGUAAACCAUCCAUCAUUAGGAUGCAAAUAUAUGUUAGUGCAUUUUAGAUUAUUUUUAUUUUUAAUUUAUAUUGAUGAACCAUAUAUUAUUUUUGCGUGGAUUACAUUUUUUGAAUAACACCAUAAUGACUUUUUUAUUAUGAUUUUAUAUAUUAUUGAAAGGUAAUUAAACAACAUUUAACUAUGAUUAGAUAGCAGUUUUAUUUAGUUGUUCCUUAAAUGACAGAUCUAUAUAAAAAAACUCUUAGUGUAAACUUAAAAACAAAUUUCAAACUUAACAUUUUAUCACUUUAAAAUAAAACUUUACCAGUAGAUUAUUUUUUACAUCAAUGAUGGAUGGAUUACCUCAAAACCAUUUCUAUAUUAAACUAGUUUAAUUUGUAUGUUCCAAUCAGUUACAAACUUUAGUUGGAUGUUCCAUGAAGCAUAUGUACCUGUAUUUUGCUGUAAUAGACAAUUUUAUUUCCAUAAAGAAAAUCAUA